GCACCAGUUCAAUGUCGUCUGUUUUAAAAUGGCGGCUAGAGUUUACAUAUGUAAGAGUAGCGUAGCUUGAAAUGUUUGUGUCAAACUUGUUAAGCAAAUUACUAACGUUGUAUAGGUUUCUACAGGUAACGCUCAAAACAUAGCUUUCAAUUUGCGCCAAAAUGGUGACCAGAAGUCUUACAGAAGCGUUUGUGCUGAUGCGCAAUAACGCCCUUCAAAGCAAGCAUAUCUUCGGAGAUCAUGUUCAUGAAGACACCGUGGCACUAGUUGGACGAGAUGUCGAAACUGGUAUGGGCAUUUACAAAGACGACGCGGAACCUCCUCGAUGGAUUGACGCAUUGGAAGAGGUUAACUACCAGAUGACGAAGAUCAGAGACAAAUUGAAAGAGCUGUCUGCCUUGCAUGAUCGCCACCUCAACCGACCAACAUUUGAUGAGAGUUCACUUGAAGAAGAUGAGAUCGAGCAGACAACACACCAAUUGACGCAGCUUUUCAGUCAUUGCCAGCAACUGCUGUCUGUAAUCCAGCAAGGAGUGCGGCAUGGCUCCAAUGCCAAGGAGGCUCACUUGGCACAGAAUGUGGUGCGUUCUGUGGCUGGUUCCCUCCAGUCACUCAGCACUAGCUUCCGUUCUUCUCAGACAACAUACUGCAAGAGGCUGCAAUCAAGAGAGGAGCACUCGAACAAAUUUUUCGACGUUCCAUUUUAUGUGGAAGAGACACAGCUUUCUCCAGAAAGAUUUGGAGGAGAUCAUCAGCUUCAAAUUGAAGACCAACUGUUCCUGGAAGACAACACAGAAAUGGUGCAAAUGCGAGAACGAGAGAUCAACAACAUCUUGCGGUCCAUCACAGAACUGAACACCAUUUUCAAAGACAUUGCCAACAUGGUGGCUGAGCAGGGAACUGUGCUGGAUCGCAUAGACUAUAACCUGGACACGGUGCAGACAAGGGUUCAGCAGGGCCUCCAACAGCUACAAAAGGCUGACACUUAUCAGAAGAAGAAUCAUAAAAUGAUGUGCAUCCUUGUCAUGGCAGCCUCCACCAUCAUCCUCAUUAUCCUUCUCUUUGCAUUCAAGCUGUAGACUGAAACAGUGCUGUGCUUUCCACUCAUGACCUGCAGGUGACAUCAGAGACAUCUCAGUGUAGGACAAGUCUUCAUGCACCACAACAGUGUAUGUGCUGCAUUGCUCGGGAGCAAAGGUGUUACCUGGUUCACAAUCAUGUUAUUUCUUGAAACAUAGUGAUGUGACUGAUGUAAAUGUUGACUGAAAACUAAGAAGAAUGCACUAUGUGAUGCUAACAACAUGCACAUUUGCUCUUCAUUUAUUUUAGGGGACAAAAAAAACACCUGUGAUACAGGGCACCUCCAGCUACUGGUGCUUACACUUAGCUGUGCUUGGUAGUGCGAGUAUUUUAUGCUUGUCACCAUCUUUUUCGACGAACUGUUGCUGCCAUUCAUAGAUGGGUGUUGGUCAAGUAAUAGGUAGAUUUCUUGUAUGCACAAAGCUCUUUUCUCCUUGAGGUAAUUUUGUAUACAUUUUCUUCACUUAGGUACUCCAAAGCAUGGUUUGACUUAUGUGCGUUAUCACUGAUAUUUAAGGCCAGUAUGAGCUUAUUUUAAUUAAUCAAGCUAUCUUUUUAUGUUAACUCAUAUAUCCCUAGUGCUCAACUUUUGGGAUGACUAUUUGUUUUAUGACAACACAACCAACUUCAAAAAUGGAAAAAAUAGUGGGGUAUACAACCUUGUGGGGUAACAAAUUCUGCUGUUUUCCACAAAAACUUGUACCAUCCUGCAUUCAGAAGGCUACACAAAAAAGUGGACUUGAAGGCUUGUAUUAGUUUUUACAGACCUCAGAUGUUUCUAGAAUAUUUAUGUUCUAUUAUGAACACCAGCACUUACAAAGAGCUUAGUACUAAUACCAGAAGCUAAGAAACCUUUUUGCAGUGACCAUGUCUUAGUUUGUAGUUAAUUUUUCUUUUGUUUGAUUUGUAUCACAGAGUCAUGUCUGGCAUGUUCUUUGUGCUGAAUUUUCUUUUUGGCAUUCAAAUGACGCAGCAGCAGUACUGUAAGUAUGCUGUGCAAGUUCACAGUGUCCAGGAAAUGGAGCCAUGAAUAAUUUUUUUGUUAAUAUGUGUAAAUGUCCAUUUAAAUUACCCUAGUCUUCAAAGAUCCAAGUUAUGUUUUUAUGAUUGGUUUCUUGCAUGCGUUAGUAUUUUAAAUGUGAGUGUCUGCACAGCUGUCGAAAUAAGUGUGUGCCAUCAGCGAAAAUGGAAAUGCAAACAAGAAAAAGCUGAUCAGAACGCCUGUUGCGUGGAAGUCUGACAUGCAGUCUCUGUAGCUGGUUUCUAAGCAUGGCAUAGUCCCAAAUGUAAGUUUUGGAGCUUUAAUUAAGCCACUUUGUAUUGCAAAUACAGACAGAUCUGGAAAUGCAAUGACACAUUCUAGUCAUUUUUUACUUGUUUGCAUUUUAGUUUAUGCUGAUACUAGUACACUUUUAGAUGUACAGUCGACUUCCAUUAAAUCAACCCUGAUGGGACUGUGAAAAUUAGCUGAAUAAUCCAACACGUUGAAUUAAAAGGAAAGGCAGAAAAUUGUUCAAACUUGCAGUCUCUUUAUUUCAAAAUAAUUCAUGAUCAUCUGCUGUCAUUUGAAUUUUAAAGAAUGUUUGAGAUAGCUUGUUUUCCACAACGCAAGUGUACUUAAUUAAAUGCCUAUUCAGCAUAAGCCUCAUGCAAGAACUUCUGUGGCAUUGAGUUCAGCUUCUGCUGUGCACAGACACACCUAUGUAAUAUCUCUGACAGAAACCGUGUAGCUUUUGUCAUCGCCACCAUUCAUACUGCCACUACAUGACACACAAAACAACAAUGCUAUUCAUGGAACUCCGGAUAUCCACUUCUCUGUCAGUGUUGACAAAAUAUUCAAUGGAGAUGCUAGCAAGAACAGGUAAAAAAUAAAAACGAAAUCCAUCUUCUGUGGAAAUAGCAUUCCAUUCAUGGUGUUAAUGUCUCUUUCUGUUAUUCAGAUCUGCUUGACCCAUUCUGCUCUAUUUCCUUUUUCCUCACUCUGAGUGAACCACUUGCUGCUUUGUCUAGCUCUUGCUUGUGCUGCUUGUGUAUCAGCCAAGGUCAGACCAUUCAAUGUAUGGCAUUGUUAAAGGGCCCCUAAACAACUCUGAGCUUUAGGUAAAUUCUUUAUAUAAUGCCAGCUGUGUAGCAGUCUACAAUAAACAUAAAGUCACAAGAAUUUUUCUAAAAGAUGCCGUAAUAGCAAAAUUACAGGCACUUGUUGAAUGACAACAUGGCCGCCGUGGUUUCUCGCUCGCUUUCACUACUCUUCCCAUAGGCUCCUCCUCACCACUUACUAUCAACCACUCCAUGCAGUGCUGCGAAAGCUAUGGGUCGCAUUACAUGCAAAUAAAAUUUCCUUCAUUGUUCACCCCUAAUCACCCUCUGCGUGACGCCGACUGAAUAGAAGCUUCACGGAAAAAUCAGUGGUGCACAAUGGGCGAGCCCCUCUAUUUUCUCAGAACACGCAGUCUGUUCUCAUCAUGUUGGCACUCUCGUUCCUCGCCGACCAACCAAUCAACACCUUUUACCCUGGUGACAUUACAUGCACGACCCUGCUGGCGUUUCGACAUGCAAAAAAGACUGGAAAAGCCUGGAGAGGUGCAUGAGAUUGUUUUUUCAAUUUAUGACUUCCCUAAAGUGCAUAGUGCUGCCAUGUUUGGCCAAGAUGAUUGUCGCAGUAUUCUAUACAUGAUGCAUGUGUUCAUUUUAAUGUGUUGAAAAUGUCAGGGUGGUUUAGGGGCCCUUUAAGACAGAAAACAGAAAGCUUGGCUCAUAAGAAGGCUGUGCCACCAGCUGGGACCUUCUGGCAGGAUCAAAUUAGUAAGUUCUUGAACAAGGGAAGACUGCUUAUAACUGAAUCAGCUUCAGCUUCAUUUGUGAAUAUUAAAAUUUUUUUAAAGUGCUGUUGGUCAAGACUGUGACUACUUAGAAUAGUGGGACACUUAUGUUCUUGCUAAUGCAGUAUCGAAAAUCAAAUUAGUAUGAGUCAGCUGUAUCCUGUUACCCCUUUACACAUGAAAGGACUCUAAUUAAAGUGAAGCAUGCAGAGAAAAGCUGCCAGGAAAGGCCCGUUUAUGAUGUCAUUGGCUCUUCUUCCUCUGUCACAUGACGGUUCUCAAAUAUUCUGAGUCAUUUGAGCAAGCAGAAUUCAUGAGGCAGUAUGUGUUAAUAGGUGUGUUUAGUUACCUUUGCACUCAUGACCAUUACAGAUGUAAUUUUGAAAACUCAUGCAGAUCCAACGCACAUGUUGUGACCUAUGUGAAACGAAGCUUGAGUAGAGCGAUUAGUUAAACGCUUUACAGCUAGAUGCAUACUAUUUGGUGAUGACAGGUGUAUGCACAGAAAAGUAUGACACGUGUCAAGCAACAUUUAGGGAUUCUGUACCUCUAGUGUUACCAUGGGACAUACCCAUUCUGGAGGAUUGGUCAAGAAUGGACACACCCCCAGUGGCACAUACCAAAUGGCUAAAUCAAAGAAAGUAAAGUAAAGAAUUCUUGAAAUAUAAUUAAUCAUUCUAUUAACAAAUUGGUGUGCUUAAGAGAUAUCUGAAGCAACAUUAUAUGUACUUGUUUUAUGUAGGAAUUGUACAUAGUCAGACAUGCCCAUUCUGGAAGAUUCGCCAGGAACAUAGUGGCACAUACUGAGUGGUUAAAUCAAAGAAAAUAAAUCAAUGAAUCUGUUGAAUAUAAUUCACCAUUCCAUUAACACAUCAGUGUGCUUUAGAGAUGCCUGUGAGUUGACAUUAUAUGUUCACGUUUUAUAUAGGAAGUUAAUUUGUUAUGAGAAGAGAGCUUUCGAAAUAAAAAAAAUUCGAAAAAAAAAAAAGAGCUGGACAUAUUGGGUCAGCAUAAAAGGUUUAUAUGAGCCACUAUAUAUGGGUACCUUGAUAUAGCCUUUGUAAAUAUCCACAUAUAUAUUCCACAAAUACAUUCGGAAAGGCAGUAGCCACGGUACGAAAAGUCUUGGAGGGUUCACAAAGAAAGCUUUGCUUUAAUAUGUGUAAAAGUACCAAAGUGCUUAUACUGAGAUAGGCUUCCUUAUUGUCUAGAAAACCUAACACAUGCGAAGGGACAUUUCACUUUCUGUAGAGUGUGAGAACCCAGCAUUCUUUGUCUUUGCCAUUUGAAAUAGGAAGUGCAUUUGUGGUUGCAAUGGCCUCUGCAGGGGGGCGCAGAAAUGAUUAAGUAAUUGUUUGUAUUGAUAUGUAAUUGAAGUGGAAUUUCUGAAAACACUCCUGAAAAAUGAAAAAAUUCAUGAAAAAGGUGACAGAUGGUAAUAAAAUGUUUGCCUGCAUG